ACUAGGAGGUGUGCAUGCCUGCUUUCUAAAACCUCACCAGAACUUUUGAAAAAAAAAAAUGGUUUAAAGUAACUAACUUCGGCCAGUGAAAUGGGAUGUAGCAGCUUCUCUGAAGUAUCUCAGCUGGGAAGCUCUUGGUUGUUGUGUAGAGUGUGGUAUUACACUGGAGGGAGCUUGGCCAGCCUUCCUAGCAUGUCACUGUGAAAGUUUGGAGUUUCGGGGGAGGGUGCAGUGCACAAAGUAUAUUCACAUCUGCUCCAGGAAUCUCAGCAGCAGAGCAAGGCAAUCCCGAACUAAGGAAAGGCUUCAUGUCAUUGGCUCUCUGCAGACCUGGAAAUGAAAUUUUGUCCUCAGUCAGAGAUGGUGAUCAGAUGGGAUUUCUGUGUGCUCCUCUCAAUGGUUUUGCUCGCCACCCAGGCUUUCCCACAGACAAAUAUUAAAAUCAGUCAAGGUUUUCCUGUGGCUGAAGGUAAGCUGUAAACUAAAUGAGAUGAAAAAUCAAAAGGACUACAUUAGAGGAAAUAGAAGAAAAAUUAACAUCCCUUUCCCCCAAAAUGUGCUCAUCCUUUGAUCCUGACAACACUAACUGCAUGUACAAGAAGUAAGAGAGAACGCACACUUGCUGGCAUCUAGUGCCAGCAGAGUUCCAGGAAUGAUUUCCAUAGCAGAAGCUAUGCCAGAGCCAAUUCAAUCCUACUCCUGCCCACUGUUUUGGACAGAAUAUGAAGGGUACUGUUACAGAUACUUUCCCCUCAAUAAAACAUGGGCUGAAGCCGAUCUCUAUUGUGCGGAAUUUUCCAUUGGCAUAAAAUCAGCCAAAUUAGCAUCGAUUCACAGCUGGGAAGAGAAUGUCUUUGUAUAUGACCUAGUAAACAGCCGAGUGCCUGGAAUACCCACCGAUAUCUGGAUGGGACUUCAUGACCUAAGACAGGAAGGCCACUUUGAAUGGACAGAUGGUUCUUCCUAUGACUAUAACUACUGGGAUGGCAACCAGCCAGAUGAUGGGAUCCACUCUAUUCCAGAGGAGGAGGACUGUGUACAGAUCUGGUACAGAUAUAACAGUGCUUUACGAUCAUGGAAUGACAACAGCUGCAACAGAGAAUUCCCAUUUGUCUGCAAGAUUCCAUCACUGGCAAUUGAUUAAUUCGCUCCCACAAUAACAAACAGCAGCAGUCAACCUACUAAACUACUGGAAUAAAGUCAAUCUGACCAAAGACAUAUUUUAUAUCAGAGACAAUUUUAGUGGCUCAAAUCACUAGUUAUAUGUCUGAUGCCAAUUACUCCACAUAGAAAAUACCUUACCUGUCUCUUGCUUUUGUCCAUGCUAUGGCUGACCAAAGAGCAUUGGUGAAUAGUCAAGUCAGUACAUUUUCCAUGGUCUAGGAACAAUUUCAGUGUCGUGUCUCCAUCCAGACUCUGUGACUGAAAAGAAUGUUGUAACCUAUAUGUAUAAUUAAAGAGGUGAAAAGGUUCACAACAGUGAGAAAGUCUGAUUUUAUGUCCCAUUUUAUGCGUCCUCAUUCCCAUAAAAUGAAUCCUACUGCCCUCAGUGGGAGUUUUGUGUGACAAAGGACUGCCUAACUGGUCCUAGGAUUUGGAAAUCUCCCUAGCAUUCUAAGGAGCAGGACAAUAACCCUUUUGCAGUGACAAACUAGAGUUCAUUACUACAGAAGACACAUUCUGCAUCAUUUCUGAACUUCGAUGUCAGAAUGAAGUGAAACUAACAGCCUGAAUCAGAUCUCACUUAUAUUGGAUGAUUUCAAUUGAAUUACUAUUCAUAACUUAUAUCAGUGUGAGCUCAGAAUAAGAUGAUAACAAAUCUUUACAGUUAUUGUACAAAUAAAGCAGCUUUGGAUAAAUAUUGAAGUCUAUGCUCAGGUCAUAGUCACUCUUUAUUCAGACCAAAUGUGGUAGGAGUUAUACCUGAGUAAAAGCUAAGUAAGGACCUCUAGAUAUGAGCCCAUAUUUAGAUUUUAAAUGUAUCAACCUGUCACAUAACAAGAAAUCAAUUAUUUUACUACAAACACUCAAACUGUAAUCAUCAAGUAAUGGAUGACUGUACUAAAUAAUUUAGCCUGUGGGAAUUAAGUGGGACUGUCAUUUUCUGCUAAGUUAUGCAAAAUACCAUGUGUUGCUAACAUUG